UUUGUGCUGAACUGUCAGCUGUGCAUCCCGUGGCUUGCUCCAAAGUUAUAAAGUGGGGGGGAAUGAAAAUUCCCGAGAUUCGGUGGGAGUGAGCAGGCUCUGCGAAUUACGGUUUCUGUAAACGAAUGUUUCGACCGACAGAGUGGCUUUUCUUUUUCCACCAAUUACCGUACUGGAUAAAUUCACUCGCUUAUAUAUGAGAAUCCGUUUAUAUUAACAUAAAUACGUAUUCUAUUUAGUAAGGGGGCGCUAUCUGUAGUUUCCGACGUUACGAAUCCAAAAUGUCAGACGUGGAUAGGUGGAUUGAAAUUGCAAAAGAGUGCAAAUAUCUGCCAGAAAAUGAUCUUAAGAAUCUUUGUGACAUCGUAUGUGAUCUUUUGCUGGAAGAAUCUAAUAUUCAGCCGGUAUCGACUCCGGUAACCGUAUGCGGUGAUAUCCAUGGUCAAUUUUAUGAUCUGGAAGAGUUGUUUCGCAACGGUGGUCCAGUGCCCGAUACAAAUUACAUAUUUCUGGGAGAUUUUGUGGAUAGAGGUUAUUAUAGCUUAGAAACAUUUACUCGUUUGUUAACCCUCAAAGCUAAGUGGUCGGAUAGCAUAACUCUGCUCCGUGGAAACCAUGAAUCGAGACAAAUCACUCAUGUUUAUGGAUUUUAUGAUGAAUGCCAAAAUAAAUAUGGAAAUGCAAAUGCUUGGAAGUACUGCUGUAGGGUAUUUGAUCUGCUCACAGUUGCAGCGUUGAUCGACGAACAAGUGCUUUGCGUACAUGGUGGUUUAUCACCCGCCAUUAAAACUUUGGAUCAAAUUAGGACAAUUGAAAGAAAUCAAGAAAUUCCCCAUAAAGGUGCGUUCUGUGAUUUGGUUUGGUCCGAUCCAGAGGACGUCGAAUCAUGGACAUUGAGUCCACGAGGUGCAGGCUGGCUAUUUGGAUGUAAAAUAACUCAUAAAUUUAUGGAAAUUAAUGCCCUUCAAUUAAUUUGUAGAGCUCACCAACUAGUUCACGAAGGUUAUAGGUACAUGUUUGACGAGAAACUGGUAACAGUGUGGUCCGCACCAAAUUAUUGUUAUCGGUGCGGGAACGUAGCCAGUAUCUUACAGUUCACAACUGUAGAUCAGAGGAAUCCAGUUUUAUUCCAUGCAGUGCCAGAUUCAGAGAGAGUGAUUCCACCUUUAAUCACCACUCCGUAUUUCUUGUGAUCCAACUUUGUGCUCCAUCUGUUCGUGGAUGCAGAGGAAGGAUGUAAUGGUUUAGGCCUUACGGAGUCACGUAACUACUUCGUUAGUGGAUCCGGCUGAUAACGUGCGAGCACGCGGAAUUUUCAAAUCGGGCAUCGCAGAAUGCGCCAUUCCGAAUCGUCGAUUUCAUUUCCGAAGAUAUUUCUUUCGUUUUAAUACGCAUAACAUUACAAGAAGCGAAGAAUCGGUCAUGGUUGGAACGAGAUUAUAUGGAGAAAUGGAAGACUUUACAAGGAUUUUAUGAAUUUUUAUAAGCCGGGAAGUGACUUUGUUGCAAGGGUACGCAUUUGUUAUCAAAUCAGCCUGACCUCUCCGACUUGAAAAUGUUUGCGUUGACGCAAAUAUUUGGUCUAAAUAAAUACUUUUGUCAUCUUGGGUGAACGUUCUCGAGGAGAGAACGUUCACACCUCGGAGCAACAACGCGGACAUAUCGUGCGGUAAGCCAAGGAUUUCUAAAUAAUUUAUAGACACGAGGGGCUGCCCGUUAAGUGACGCGAAAGGAGAUUAAUACGAGACAUAUAAACAUUCCGUCGGUAAGGAGGCUCUGAGAAUCGUGAAUGCUUCUUCGUUAUUACAGUCGCUGUGCUUGGAAUUCAGGUUUACCCCGGGGCACGAGCGUCUACACCUUCGAGGUCUUCCGGACAGGCUGGAUGGUUUUUCUUUUCGUUGUUUAGUUAACUGUACGUCCGUAGUUUUUUUCUUUUUUUCUUUUCGAUGACUUUCUGGUUUCUGUCUUUCCGUCGAAAGGUCGAGAGGGAGAUAUCCUUAAUGGUACACCCCUCGAGUAUCAUGGUACAAAUAUUCCGUAGCUGUAUGCAAUUUUCCCUUUAAAUAUUACAUAUUUUGUAAUUUAUAUAUCUCGGUUAGAAACGACACGAGAGCGGUGUUUGCACAUUUCUUUCCUUCGUUAACACUUGGCCGUGCAUCGUAAACGCGAAUCGCAAAUCGUGCCUAUACCGAGGCACUAUCGAACGGGCCGGGAAUCGCAACGAGGAUUCCGAUGGGAUUAGGAUAGGACGACGAAAGAUUGCCACGUCCUUUGCUGAAUUUUCCUCUUAUGCCCUUCCUCGUGCCAUUGGUAGACGGGCUCGUGAUAAGUUUCUUAACGUAGGGAGCAACUUUGUAAAACCGAAACCCUUAGCAACGUGCCUCUAAAUUAAUGACCUUCGCGUAACGUAACGUAACGUAACGUAACGAUACGCUAACAAUACGUAAACGACGAAGCGCAUCGGUCGUUGUCGUUAACAAACCUGAAUUCUGACGCUGUCGAUUCGCCAGUUCGCGAUGCCCGAUCACAGACCGACAGCGGAUGGAUCGACGUUGACGCUGGUUGUCAAAUCGAACGCGUUCUAUUUCCCGUUGCGCGACGUACGCGAUAUAGAGUCGCGAGAGGAUAUUCUCCGGAGUUUGCUACGAUCCUCCUCGGGCUCGGUCUCGGCCUCCUUCGUUCUCUGCGGGAAUCUGCCCAAAAUCUACCCGAAAUGUCAUUUGAUCCAUUCGAAUGCAUCGCUUUCUAGUCAUGUUCAUUUUUAAUCCAAAUACGGCAUCUUCAGGGAGAAACGGUGGACGGUGCAAAGAAAGCCGCAGGGUACUUUAAUGAUUUUAUUUUCAUUACGUCCGGCUAAUUCCCGGACGCCAACAAACGAGCGCGGCAAAGAUGGAGAGCGCAAUUUCUUUUCUACGAGUAUUCAACGUCAUUGGAAGGGAAAAAAUGACGUUACGUUUGUGUUUAAUAUCGAAAUUUUGCAUAUGCUUCGAGUGGAGCAUUCGUCCGAAACGGUAGAUCGAUCCAAACGAAACGAAGCCGAGAGAGUCGAUUUCCGCCCUGACAGGUAUCGCUAUCGUCUAAGUACCAUCGUUGCAUCGAAGAUUUACCGAAUGGAUGUCUCUUUGUAAUCGGUUCGAAGUAGAAUUAUCGAAUCCCUGCCGCGAUACGCUCGAUUUUGAAUUGACGUCGAUUUCGCUCUCUUGUUCCGAGCCUGAACGGAGUCCGUUGUACAAACUCACCUCUCGUUCGAUGCCAUCCGCUCAAGGAGGAUGUAACGGAAGCGAUCGUGGGAAUGCCUCGGUGGGGCGUAAACCUUUGGUUAACGAGCAGGACCGCGAUAAAUUCUGCAACGUAGAUCUUUAUCCCGCGACCGAUCGAAUAAACGUAGCCCCUACCAAAUCGUCCCUCGCCCCCGGACGUGAAUUGCGUUCAAUCGAAUCGAUCGGUAUUACCUCUACUGUCAAUUAUUUUCGGGCCCGCGAUAACUUUGGCGCCUAAUUCAUUUCCGGGCAACGUGUCGAAACUGUCGGUAUCGACUUUAAUCGCCCUCAAAAGAUUCAGGAUCUCGUUCGAUUCAGGCUCGCGCAAGAUCUUCGUUGUCUGCAAAUUUUUCGGCAUACAGGAAACAUCUCGUUACCCGAGAUGAAGCGUUAAUCGUUACGUGUGCCGAGGUGUUCGCACAUUUCGCAUCCGAAAGCCUGUUUCUGUGAUCGCUUUAGCCUUAUCGAGGUGUCCAAGCACUCGUUGUCUUUCCACGAUGAAAGGACUCGAAACUAGAAAACUAUCGAUCUGGCAGGACGCGUUCGAUGCUUCUCGUGCCGGAGUCCGAUCGCUAAGCAUAAUCCUUAACGAAGAUCUCACCGAUAGACCCCAUUGUAAUCGAUCAUCCUGUACCUUGAAAGUAUACAACUUUGUUAUGUUAACGUAAUGAAAAUGACUGUAAUAAAAGUACGUAAAGAAAAAAAUAAGAUUUGAGUGUCCACGUGUCCGUUGAAGCAUGUCGCGCAAUGGCGAGCACGAGUACCGUCUUGGUCCGAUUUCUUCGAGGAACGGAUCGCGAUUCUCGUUAGAAGAAAUGACCCCUAGUACAUUUCUUAUGAAUAUCUGGUGGGGCUUGUCGUAUUUGUACAAUGUUUAAAUAAAUAAUAAAGCACAAUUUUUGCAAUCGA